AUGGAGAGCGCGAGAGAUGGGGGAGACGAAAACGGCGGCUUCGAAGAAAAGGACGACGACGAAGAAGAGGACGGCGACGAAAACAGAGAAGGUCGUGGAAAAAUCACAUCCUUUUUGCAACGUUCUUUGACGAAACGCUUCGCGAAACUUCUGGAAAAGACCGAGGAAAGAGUCGAGCGGUUGGAACGGAAAACAGAAGAGCAGAGGAAACGAGAGGAAGAAUUGACGGAAUCGUUCGCGGAGAAAUUCAGAAACUUGGUGAAACACGUGAACGGGAAGUUGGGGGAUAUUCGAGGUCGCGUGUCUUUCGUUGGAGGAGAUGGAGGAAAAGAAGGAGAUGGAGGAAGCGCCGCGAAGCCAAAAGGAAUCGACGAGGACGACGGAACAAACACACGCGGCGGUAACGAAAAUGGUGCUUCAGGUGUGGCUGCUCUGAAUAACAAAGAACUGGAAGAAGGAAUCAAUCGAAUGGUGGAGCAGAAGGUGAAAGAGAUGCUGAUGGAGGAGGAUGGCGCGCUCGCUCCGGGCCUACGCGCGCUAUGGGAAGAGAUGGAGAAAAAAGAAGCGCGAGAGCUCAAGAAAAAGUUGAAGGAGUUGGAGCAACGAGCGAGAGCGAAAGAGAUACGAGCGAAAAAGAGAGAGAUGAAAAGAUUGCAACGAGAGUUGGAGGAUUUGGAGGAGUCGGAUGAAGGAAGAGAGGAAAGGAGGAAAAGAAAGCGGCAAAGGCGAGAAGAAGAGGAGGAAGAAAGCGAAGAACAAAGUGAAGAAGAAGAAGAAGAAGACGAUGAUGAUAGCGAUAACGAUAGCGAGGCGACGGAUAAUUCGGCAGAGGAGGUCGUGCAUACUGAUGCGGAUGAAGAAGACGAUUUGGGCGGUUUUAUAGUUCCAGACGAAGAAGUCGAAUUACAAGGUCGCGAGCGUUUGAAACCUCUCGAUCCCAGUUAUCUACCGGAUAAAAUCGACAAGGAUUGGAAGCAAGGGGUUGAAGCAAACUCGGGCGUGGGAUCAUUGCCCGGGGCAACGCAGUACGCGAAAACAGUCGACAAAAUUGCACGGUACGCGAGUACGAUAGAAGAUGCCACCUUAAAUCACUUGAAAACGAAUCGGGAACGAGUGGUACCAACCCGCAUAGAAUCUUCGGAAGCAAGAAAGAUUAAAGAGGCGAAAAGACGGCGUCCAAAAGUCCUCUGGUCUUUGGAGGAAGUGCAGGCAUUAGUUGCUGGGGUCAAACUGUGCGGUAAAGGCCAGUGGGCGGCAAUAAAAUCUUUGACUGAUGAAAAUAUUUCAGGCGCUUUGCUCCGGCGCUCAAGUGGUGAUUUGCAAAUUAAGUGGCACAAUUUGACGCAAAGUUUGGCUUUUUCACCGGUGUCUUUAAAGACACGUGAGAGGAUGACGGGCAUUCCGGAGAGUUUGCUGGAGGAAAUUCGAUCGCUCGCCUGCGUGGAAGAGGAAGAAGAAAAAGAAAAAGAAAAAGUACAGUUGCAACGGCAACAACGAGUUCAAGAAGAACACUUGCAACAGCAACAACAACGAUUGUUGCAGAGGCAAAAUCAACAAAGAGUACUAGAAAACUUCUUAGCCCAACAUCAACAAAAGAAAGCCGAACAAGCACAGCAAGUGUACCAACAACAACAGAUGUGGCAACAACAACAGCAGAUGUACCAUCAUCACCAGCAGAAGCAGCAGCAGCAACAACAACAACAACAACAACAACAACAACAACAACAAGCUCCUCCACCGACUGAUUACGAGCAGAUUCAGCGGCAGCAGCAGAGACAAAAGCAUUUAGAAACUCAAUACAAAGCUCUGGAAGUGAUCAAAUCCGAGCUUAGAAAGACUCCGAAUGCGAAGUACUUCUUGGUACAAGGUAAACAGCAUCCAAAAUCCAAAAUGUUGGAGACUGCGAUCAAGCUACUUUCCCGCAUCCGUGAGAGGGUCUUCAAGCUAAAGAAAGAAGAGUACGUCGCGCUCAGGAACUCGCAUGCAAAAGGAUUCGACGCGCUGAACGCCCAUCAUCAAAAGGUGCUCAAGGAUGCGAUUGACAACAGAACGAAUGAGCAACAUAUUCAGGUUUUAAAAGACGUGCGCGAGAAGCUAACGAAAGAACUACUGGACGAGGCUCGAUCAAAGGAAGAGGUGCACGUAGCGGAGUUCAAAAAAGAAAAGAAAAGAAUACACGAUGAAAUUGCAUUUUUUCAGAGUAAAUUGGAGAAGGUGCAACAGGAUGAGAAAUCUAAUGAACGAAAGAAAUCGGAAGAAAUGACGCGAGAACCUGCAGAAGUCAUCGAGUUAGACAGCGAGUAA